ACAUAUAUGUGAACGUUGUUCAACAUAGAAGAUCAGUCGCUUCGUCUUACUUUCUGAUAUCUUUCGAGUAUCGAUCUUAUCGUGUCCGGUAGAUUAACGGCAAGUAAGAAGACGAAUAUAAGAGUCUUUUUUAUUAUAUCGUAUAGUCUAUAAGAGAAGUUUAAAGGUAUACUUUAGAAAAAGAAAAGAAAAGAAAGAAAAAUAGAAGAAAAAUGUACGUGACCGCGACACAAGUUAAAAUCGCGUCAAUAUUCACGAUAGGAAUCGGUAGUUUUAUCGUUAGUAUUGCACCAGCCUGUUUCGUUUCGCGUAUAAGAGAUUUCCAAGAGAAGUUAUUUCUUUCUUGUGUAUUAUGUUUCGGCGGUGGAGUCUUAUUAGCAACCUCGAUACUUCACAUGUUGCCAGAAGUAAGAGAAUCUCUACCGAAAUACGGAGAACUUGCUAUCUCUUGUGGAUUUCUUUUACUCUAUUUCGUUGACGAGUGUGUUCAUUAUUUUUGGGGUGGCAAUAUCGAUCACUCUUCAAACUCGCAUAAUCAUGCCCACGGAGGCAGACAUUUUCAAGAUCAUCGGGAAAAUCAGCGCCCACAUUUCCAUCAGAUUGGUUACAAUGUGGGUAACCAAAACGUGAGAGGCGUUAGUUCGAACGACAUUAAAGCGACAACGGCGUAUCAAUCGAAUUUACGCGGGAACAAUGAAUUCCCAAAUUGGAGAUCAAGUUAUUACGGAUCGAUGCAAUACGUACCAAAUGCACCUGCGGCUUCAUCUUGUCACGAGGAGUUGACAUUUUUAUGUCAUGGUACUCAUUCUGAACCUUGCUCGGAUGCCAACGUGGGUCCCGUAGGUCUUUUACUGGCUCUCACCAUUCAUUCGGUUUUAGAGGGAUUGGCUAUUGGAUUGCAAAAAAAGCCAGCCGAGGUUCUGCUUUUCGUAGUGGCAGUGGCAUCCCAUAAGUUCAUAGUUGGAUUUUGUAUGGGUUUGGAAUUAAUGGGUGUUGGUAGUUCCAAGUGUAAACUUGCUUUAGCGAGUUUUGUAUUCGCCAUUAGUUCGGUCAUAGGAAUAGGAAUUGGUAUGUUCACGUCACAGGAAAAUGCAUCAUGGUCGCGAAUAUUGCUACCAAUUUUGCAAGGAUUAGCAGGAGGAACGUUACUUUACGUUACCGUCAGUGAAGUAUUGCCACGAGAAAGAGCGAGGUGGCAUAAAAGUUCGCGUCGUUCAGCCGGUAUUUUUCAAUUUUUUUCAACUACGACCGGAUUCUUACUUAUCUUUCUUUUAAAUACUUAUAUCAGUACUUGAAUGAAACAUAUAUUAAAUUAAUUUCCCGUCUAUAAAGAUUUAACGAGUAUAGAGGUAUAGGUUUUAUUAACGAAGCUUGGUGAUAUUUUAAACAUUCCUAUAUUUAAUACUUUUUUUUUACAUUACACGCAAUACAUAUAAAGCACGCACACACGCACGAACGCGCGUCAUCACAUUUGUUACAUUUGUUUGAUACGAAAGUAACGCGUUGAUUAUCUAUCGUUGUUUUAGAAUAAUUAUUCUUCUUUCGUUUGUAUGUAAAACGUAAAGCAAAUGUAUAUAAUAACUGUCGGUUCACUUUUAUUUAUUUGAAAAAUUCAAGAAAAAAAAAAAAAGUGAUGAAGAAAAAUAUCCAGUAAAGCUUUAACCAAGUCGUCGGUAUGUGUUUCUAAAAUUGUAUUCGCAUUAAUAAGACAUUUUUGUUUUACGUUAUGUGUACAAUGCCCUCCUCCUUCGUGUGUAUUUCAAUUUUUUCUUCGCACCUACAAUGAAUUCUAUUACAGAAGAAGCGUUAGUUACUUUAUACCUUUUAAGAUAUGUAUGUUGUACAUA